CCACCGAGCACCGCCCAGCCCCGCGCGCCCCCGCGCCCCCGGCCGCAGCCGGCGCUGCGCGGCAAGCGGGGCGCGGCUCCCCCAGCUUGGGGCCCGCCCUGCACGUCAGCGGCAAGAUGGCGGCGCCCGGCUCAGCCUGGAGGGGCGGAGGAGUCCCCUGCCCCAACUCGGAGGAUUACCGGCCUCGUGGAUUUGGGAGGGGCAGGGAAGCUGUACACAUGAUAUAUGUUGAUUUUGUUUUGAGCUUCCCAGACAGUUCUGAAUAGUAGCAGUGAAGACUGAUGUGACGCUGACCACUGCUGCAGCAGGGGUAUUGGAGCUGUUUGCCUGCAGACCUAAGAAGGCAGUACUGUAUCAGUUUACGCUGUGUUCAGGACUGGAAGAUCCUGUGUGAACUGCUCCGUAUGGAAUCUUUACUAUUCAUUGAAUGCAUACAUCAACCUCUGAGGAAAGAUUUCCUGUAAACACAUCUAUUUUGUUUUACAUUCAUUUAGAGCCAAGUCCUGGAAAAGUUAAUGCACGCCUGGGAGAUUCAGAAAACUCGUUUAAAAAUGUCUGAUAAAAAAAUAAUUAUGAACAGAGCCCAUUAUAUUGAGAAGCUACUGUCUGAAAACAAUUUCCAAGAUAUUGGAAAUCACCUUACAGAACUUGAAGCUGUUGAUAUGACUAUAGAAUAUCUUCAGGAGACUGAUGUUGCCAAAGCUGUGUACAGAGUCUUCCAGAACUGUCCUGCAAUAACAUUGAAAAAGAAAGCAAAGCAUUUAUUAUCAAAGUGGAAGAUGCUUUACAAGAAUAACUAUCUUUCAUCGGUACAAGAUAAAAAGUCAGUUUCUCAGAGUGUGAAAGAGCACAAUGAAUAUUUCAGUGCGGUUCCACAAGAACAAACUGAGUUUUCUGGAGAAUUGAAUCAGCAUGAAAUGUUAGAUGCUGCUGGUUCUAACAGUUUGCUGACAUCACAAAACGUUUCAAAAGAUGAAGUGUAUAAUAAGCCAAAAAGCAGUGUGAAUCAACUGGGUCUUUUAGAAGAGCAGCACACCGAUAAUGAAAACACUAAACCUGCUGGCAGUGAAACAAGCCCACAGCAAGGACAUAUGAAGCCCAUGAGGUUGAAAUGCACAGAACUUAUUUAUAAAGCCUUGACUGAUUCUGCCACAAGCAAAGAGGAAGCCAAUAAGUGGCAAGAAUUAUCCAAAGAAAUUGAAGAGCAUAUUUUUGCUCUUCAUGCUAGAAAUGACAAAAAGUACAAAAAUUGUAUCAGAAGCAAAGUCUCUAACUUGAAGAAUCCUAAAAAUUCCCACUUAAAACAUAACCUAUUUUCAGGGACUAUGAGUCCAAAGACUUUUGCUGAUAUGACAGUGAUGGAAAUGGCCAAUGAUGAACUGAAACAACUCAGAGCUUUGUACACAGAAUCAUCUGUUCAGGAACAUCAGCUUCCCCAAGUUAUUGAUGGCACACAGACAAACAAAAUAAAAUGUAGGCGCUGUGAAAAAUUUGAUUGCACUGUCACUAUGAUUGCCAGGGGAACUCUCUUCCUGCCUAGUUGGGUGCGAAAUGCAAAUCCAGAUGAACAAAUGAUGACUUACGUUAUUUGUAAUGAAUGUGGAGAGCAGUGGUACCACAGCAGAUGGGUUUGUUUGUGAUUAUUAACCCUUUAAUGAAUAUCACUUAAAAGUGAAAAACAUAAAAUAGAUAUCAGAGAAAAGUGUUGGGAUUAUUUUUGUAUUUGUCUUAGAUGUUUAUAAAUCAGUGCUAUUGUGCAGACACAGCAAAUAAGUUGUAGGAUAAUAGCUAAAUGAUAGUGGUCAUAAAAUCAUUUUGGAGGUUGUAUUGAAAUGAUUUGUCUUAAAUUUUAUUUGCUGUAAGUGUGUAAAAUGUGCAUUGUGUUGUAAUAUAAUUUAGUGGGAAACAUUUGCGUGCUUGUUACAAAGAUUGCUUGGUAUUUCAAAACAGUUAAGGACUUAAUUUUCAAACGUAUUGAACACUGUAGUUCUUAUUGUCUUCAGUGAGAUUUGUGGAUGCUCAGCAUUUAUGAAAAUCAGGCCAUUAGUACAGUUUAAGCAAGUUAAUGGCAAUACUGUAAUGAACACCUUUUUUCUAGGAUGAUCACUGAAGACUGUCCAACACAGACCUGCUCUGUAAUUAAAUGAAAAAUUCACUUGCAAAAAGAGUCAGAUUACUUCUCUAACCAAUUUAAUCAUGUUUAAGUAGAAGGAUAAGCUGCCGAAUAUAAAAGAUACUGGGGAGAAUGGUAGCAAAUUAAAGCAAAAAUGGACUUGGAUGUAAACUGUUUUAUAGCUAAGCAAAAAAUGCUUCUUUAAAAGAGAUCCCAGAUCAGAUGAGUAUGAUAUAGAGUAUUAUAUCAAUUUGAGAUCCAAACUUGCAUUUUAACAUGGUAUGCAUUACACCUGGUAGUAAGUGUUUGCAAAAUUAGACCCCUGAGGGCCUGAUUCAGGAAAUCACAUAUGCACAUUAUUAAAUCAUCCUUAUUCAUGAAAUUAAGGGAUGAAGUUAAACAUAUGCUUAAGUCUCAUUAUGUGCUUUCCUGAACAGAGAUGUUUUCCUGAAUUGGGGUCUUAGUUACUAAUUACAGUAUGUUACAUUUUUCCUCAUUCAGGUAAUAAAUACAUGAGGGGAAAAAACCCUCUGUUUUUACUCCAAGAAUUGGUGAAUUAUUGUGCUCUACGGUUGUUGCUUUGUCCAAUAGUGAAGCAUCUGUCCUAUUUCUAAGUUCAUAUUUCAGGUUUAUAUCAUGUGUGGUACUAGCACAAACUAGGAUUAAUACCUGUAUCCUGCUAGCAUCCAUUUAUUUUUCUUCUAUGUCUUAAUUUACUUUUAUUUAUAUUUUCUCUUUAUGCAUUUAUACAACACCAUGUCAAUUCCUCUUCCAACUAUUAUGGGCAAUGGUUCAAAAAGCACCAAUGUUCCCAUUUGUUUGUUUAACAUAUAAAAUGAUUCCACUAACCCUGGUUAGCUGUGUAGGUAGGUAUGAUCUGGGAAUGAAAUUAGCUUGUGUUUACAAUUCUUGUUAGUCAACAUUUCCAAUAACUUGAAUGAUGCACAUAGCAGAUCAAGAAGGCAUUCUUUUUCUGGAUGAUAUGAGUAGGGGGAGCAUCCAAUACACAUGUAGGAAGGAGAUGAGACAAACACACUUGCUCUCCAAAUGAAUAAUUUCAUGCCUUACAUCCCUAUAUACUUUCUCUGUUAUUUAUAACUCACUAUCAGCACUUAACUCCUAGAAGAAAUAGCCCUUUUAUUCAAUCCCAAUUUUCUCAGCCUAGGAUUCCUUCAACUCUGUGUGAUGCAGAGAGAAUACAGUGAAAAAGAAUGCUGUCUUGAUUGAGAGAUGUGAGGCUAUGUAACAAAAUUGAAUUAUUGCUAGAAAACGUCAAAUUCAUAAUAACUUGGCUGGAUGGUGCAGUGUUAAUGCAAUAGUUGUUUUUUCCAAGCAUGCUUUACACACCAGGGGAAUUGUUCGUUUCCUAUUGUGUAAACACAGUAAAACACCUACAUACCUGGCAUACCUCCCAGGCUGUACUUCGGACUUAACAGGUGUUUUGCAGACCAAGGAAGAGAAACUUGCGGAGAACCUGCCUGUUUCUGGCCUUGUCUAUGCUACAGGGGAAACUGGAUCUAAGCUACACAAUUUGAGUUAUGUAAAUACCAUAACUCAAAUCGACAUAGCUUAGAUCUACUUACCGCGGAGUCCACACUACGCGAUGUCAAUGGGGGAUGUUCUCCCAUCGACUCCCCCUACUCUGUACUUCACCAGAUUGAGAAGGAGUCAGGAGAGCGAUGUGCGGUCGAUGCAUCCAUUGCCGCUUGUCAAUCCCCUGGUAAGUAUAGACAAGCCCUUAGCCAGCUCCAAAGGAGUUUAAAACGGUUGCUCCAUUUAUAUGUCUGGUACAAAUGAGGCAUGGCUGCCUUUUUCUGCUAAUGCACUAUCCUGAGAACACUCCACCCAAAUAGAAGCUUUCACAGAGCCAUUACAGAGAUGAUACAAGUAACUGGUCAUUGGUGAAUUACAAGCUAACUAAAGGGAAACUGUCAACUUCACAAAAUCACAACUUUCUGGAAAUUGUGUAUCAACUGCUGUUACAAGUAAUAUUUUAUACUGUGGUAACUGAAAACAAUGAGAAGAAUAUUAUACUUGUUUCUGUUUA